AUGGAAUCUUUGGCAACAACCAUUCUUUUCGUUACGCUGAACUGCCGAACACUAGCGGUCCAACAAGCCGCCCUGUCUAGGUUUCUGCGAUAUAUCUGUGUGCCUUUUGCUGCACUGCAGGAAACGCGCACGACAGAUCGACCCGCCAUCAGGAUCGAAAAUAACACCAUAUACUGCGGCGAUGUUGAUGAGAACAAAGUAGGUGGCUGGGCGAUAGCUAUGAGGAACGAUUACAACAACCUGGUGGAGGAAUUUGGCUCAACGUCGUCCAGAUGCGCCUUUCUACGAGUGCAGGAUCACAGAUGA